AUGUCGGCGUCUCAACGAAAAACUCUGAGCAUUUCUGAACAGUUGGAUCUCAUCGACAAUAUCAAAGUGAAGAAACUCAAACUGGCCGCUGCAGCCAAAAAGUACGGAAUCGGUUAUUCAACAGCAGCAAAAAUUCUCAAGAAAGAAGACGAUCUCAGAUCUUGCAUGCAAAUGAACGGAAACACUAAUCGCAAACGAAAGCGCCAAUCCGUGCACAAGGACGUUAACGAAGCGCUUACACAAUGGUUUACGCAAGCAUGUGCUCAUGGAGCUAACGUCACCGAUCACGUCAUCAGGCAGAAGGCAUCACAACUGGCCGUAAAUCUUGAAGUUGAUUUUGAACCGAGCAAUGGCUGGCUCAUGCGCUGGAAGCAGGCCAAUAACGUUUCGUUCAAAAAUUUCACGGCGAAUCAACGUCAGCAGAUCACGGUUCUGCCAACGAAUGGAACACAGUCUCUGGAAUUCUUCUGGGAAAAAUCUCACUCUUUUUUUCCGAUAGUCGCUCUUCUUCUCUAUAUAUCUGUCAAUGAUACUUAUUUUUUCCACAUUCACUCUCAUCUAUCUAUUUAUCUAUCUAUUUUACUUUUUCCUCUACUAGUUUCUUUCUUUCUUUCUUUCUUUCUUUCUUUCUUUCUUUCUUUCUUUCUCUUUCAAACCGUGUUUAAUACUACUGUCAUCCUCUACUGCUCGAAAUAG